UUCUAGUCUCUAAUGUCCCUCUCUGUCCUCAGACUGUAUUUAAACUCUUGUGUGGAGGUUCUAGUCUCUAAUGUCCCUCUCUGUCCUCAGACUGUAUUUAAACUCUUGUGUGGAGGUUCUAGUCUCUAAUGUCCCUCUCUGUCCUCAGUCUUUGUGGCUGUGGUCUGUCUCCUCACAGCUGUGCUCCUCUGGCCUCAGUCCUCAGCUCCUCCAGUCUCACACAUCUGGAUCUCAGUCACAACGACCUCCAGGACUCAGGAGUGGAGCUGCUGUGUUCUGGACUGAAGAGCGCCCCCUGCAGACUGGAGACGCUCAGGCUGUCUGGAUGUCUGGUCUCAGAGAGGGGCGGGGCUGCUCUGGCCUCAGCUCUGAGCUCCGCCCCCUCCCACCUCAGAGAGUUCGACCUGAGCUACAACCAUCCAGGACCCUCCGCCGAGCUCCUGACCGCUCUACAGGACCAGCGCCCCCUGCUGUCUGUCAGGUUGGAUCCUGCUGGAGAGCGCUGGAUGGUUCCAGGUCUGAGGAAGUACUCCUGUGACGUUUCUCUGGACCCAAACUCAGCUCACAGACGUCUGCUUCUGUCUGACGACCAUCGGACUGUGACUCGAGUGAAGGAGGACCAGGAGUAUCCAGAUCAUGACGACAGGUUCACAGACUGGGAGCAGGUCCUGAGCUGCACUGGCCUGAGGGGGCGCUGUUACUGGGAGGUGGACUGGAGAGGGAGGGUUUAUAUAGCAGUGAGUUACAGAGGGAUUGGACAGAGCGAACAAGGAUGGGAGUGUGGGUUUGGAUACAAUGAUCAGUCCUGGAGUCUGAGGAUCUGUGAGGAUGGAGAAUACUUUGUUAUUCACAACAGGAAGUCAAGACGACUCCACCGCUCCUGUCACUCAGAGAGAGGGGGCGUGUUCUUUGGCAGAGUGGGCGUGUUCCUGGACUCUGAGGCUGGAGCUCUGUCCUUCUAUGACGUCUCCUCUGAUGAAGAACUGUCCCUCCUCUGGACCUUCUCCUCGUCCUUCUCUGAGCCUCUGUUUCCAGGGUUUGGACUGUGGGAUCAAAGUUCCUCUGUGACUCUGCUCACAGGACCAAACAUGACUGAACGACUCAAAGAAACACACUCUCCUCAAGAACAACCACGCCUCAAGAUAUCUUCACCAAGGUUGGAUCCUGCUGGAGAGCGCUGGACGGUUCCAGGUCUGAGGAAGUACUCCUGUGACGUUUCUCUGGACCCAAACUCAGCUCACAGACGUCUGCUUCUGUCUGACGACCAUCGGACUGUGACUCGAGCGAAGGAGGAGCAGAAGUAUCCAGAUCAUGACGACAGGUUCACAGACUACACUCAGGUCCUGAGCUGCACUGGCCUGAGGGGGCGCUGUUACUGGGAGGUGGACUGGAGCGGGGCGGUUGUUAUAGCAGUGAGUUACAGAAAGAUCAGACGGAGCGGACGGGGAUGGGACAGUGCGUUUGGAUUCAAUGAUCAGUCCUGGACUCUGAGGAUCUGUGAGGAUGGACAGUACAAUGUCAUUUACAACAGAAACACAACACGACUCCCCCUCUCCUGUCAAUCAAGGAGAGAGGGCGUGUCCUCUGGUAAAGGGGGCGUGUUCUUUGGCAGAGUGGGCGUGUUCCUGGACUCUGAGGCUGGAGAACUGUCCUUCUAUGACGUCUCCUCUGAUGAACUGUUCCACCUCUGGACCUUCUCCUCGUUCUUCUCUGAGCCUCUGUUUCCAGGGUUUGGACUGUUUCCCGGUUCCUCUGUGACUCUGCUCACAGGACCAAACACGACUGAACGACUCAAAGAAACACACUCUCCUCAAGAACAACCACGCCUCAAGAUAUCUUCACCAAGUGCGUCCAAGGAACCAGAGGCCAGACCCUCCCACCACAGGAGGUCCCAGGUCAGUCCUCGGGUCAGUCCCGUGCAGCAGCUCAAGUUGGUGCGUUCUGAGUUUGUGCAGAGUGUGUCUGACGAGGUGCUGAAACAGCUCCUGGAUAAACUUCAGCAGGAGAAGGUCCUGACCCCAGAGGAAGUAAACUGCACGAGAAAGAUGAGCAAAGAAGAUAAAGCCCGAUACCUGCUGGACACUGUGAUACCAAAAGGCGAGGCAGCAUCUUCAUUCUUGAUCCGAGUCUUUCGUGAACUUGACCCACGGUCAGACCUUUGCAGGAAACUCAGGACUGAGGAUUUAUGAAAAUAAAUCUUCUUUAGAUGAAGUUUGUCCACCUGCGUGAAGUCGCCGCCAUCAAACACAAAACUACACAAAAACUCUGUCAAAUGAGUUUUGGAGAUAUUAAUGAUUCUUUUACAGAUCAAACUGGAGUCACCAGCCCCAGGAAACUUCAAAAUGAAAUAAAAGGACACAAAAUGGAGUCAACUGUUUGUGCUUUGUUUGAGUUCAGUUUGUGUGAUUCUGGUUGUUAACCCUUCCAGACCUAAGGGCAUUUUUGGUACAUUUGUCCUCGCCUGGAUUUUUUUUCCUAAUUUUGCUAUUAAAAACGCCCCUUUUAUCCCCUAAUGAAGUGCUAUACAUCCUUUU